GAGCCAUAACACGAAAGAUUGAUUGAUUGACGUAGAUAAUAUAUCGUGAAUAAUAAAACUCUCCAAAAAUUUUAUUUUGCAUAGGUACUUUCAUCGUUGUUAAUGGAAUUUAAGGAUUCGUGUUAUUGCUGUUUGCUGAGGCCUCCGGACAAAAAGUUGAAGAUGUCAUAUACAUGCCUCGGAAAAACAGAAAUAUACGCAGAGAUGCUCAAAGACUGCUUUGAAAUACAGCUAACAUUGUUAAGUGAUGAUGAGUGUGGCAUCUGCGAGGUGUGCGUGGGGCGGCUGCGGGACGCGAGCGACUUCAAGCUGCAAGUGCAGCGCAGCCAGGCCCAGUUGCGGGCGCGGCUGAAGGGAGGUCUACAAGUGAAAGAAGAAGUACCUUCCGUGAAAUCAGAAGAGUCAGAUGACGGAGAAGCCGAGCCACUCAUACUCACAAAGAUAGAAGUAGAAUACACUAAGCCAGAGACAAAAUUCACUAAAAAGAAACAACUGGCAAAAGAAGAGAUCGUCAGCAGCGAUGAAGCGCUGUAUGCGAGCCAGCCGUGUCCCGCGUCAUCACACCGCGAGCCGAGCCCAACCAACAGUGUGGAGGAAGCGCCUGCUCUCAACCCCACUGGCCGCGCUGACCUACAAGACUACACCUGCGAUACUUGCCGCAAACAGUUUGCAAAAAAACUAAAUUUAAUCAACCACAUGAAAGUACAUAACAAGGGCAAGAUUUACUCGUGUGAAGUUUGUAACAGUGAGUUUAAACGUUUUAAGCAAUUAGUCGUCCACAAACGUGUUCAUAAAGGAGAAAAGCCUUUCAGCUGCGAAAUAUGUAACAAGCGAUUUAGGGAGACGUCGUCUUUAAUCGUUCAUAACAGGAUUCACACAGGGGAGAAACCUUUCAGUUGCCAUAUAUGCAACAAAAGUUUUACACAAAAAAGAGGUUUACUUAGUCAUAAACUAACGCAUGCGGCGGAUGCGGCUAAGGCUUAUACCUGUAGCAUGUGUAACAAAGGAUUUACACAAAAAGGAAACUUAUUAGCGCAUGUACGUGUGCAUACUCGUGAAAAACCAUUUCAUUGUGGAAUAUGUAAAAAACAGUUUGGCCAACAAUCUUCUCUUAUUCAUCACAUGCGAACUCACGUGGAAGGGAAAUUAGGAAGAAACUACAAGUACGCUUGCAAACUUUGCAACAAGAAUUUUAAAUCAUUGUUCACAUUUAGCUGCCACGAACGUAUUCAUAAUGGCGAGAAACCUUAUAUAUGUGAAGUAUGCAACAAGCAAUUUACCCGGAAGGAUCACUUAGACAGGCAUAAAUGGCUCCACAGUGGGGUGAAACAGUUCUGUUGCGAAAUUUGUGGAAAACAAUUUACAGAGAGAUCUAAUUUAAAUGCCCAUAAAGUGAUUCACUCGUGCUCUGCGCCGGCGCGCCGCCGUCGUCGACGACCGAAGUGCAGUCGGCGUGAUGCGCAGUCGACACAAACUACCGAUGAUCGUGCGUCUCUAUCAUCAGAUCAGCUGGUCCGCUUAGUACCAACCAAUCAAGGCGCGCCGCCGACCUAAAUAACCUCGGCGUGACGCCGGCACAGCACUCCUAAAGAACGUAUCGAUGACGAUGCGUUCUAUAGAAGUGCACCACGAACUAGAGUCAGAUCACAGGCCAGUCGUUCUGAGACUAGGUCUAGCCCCCAGUAACCCACCGAAUACCAGGACCGUAGCGGACUGGGAAAAAGUGAAGGCAGGCCUCCUCAAGGCAACCUCUCACAUCACUACGUCCCCAACCAUGACCAAACAACAGACUGACGAUGCGAUUGACCUGUACACUAGCCACCUCGCCUCUGUACAGAGAGGCCUCAAGGGAGGUUGCAGAUGACGACAUACAUCGCCGCCCCCUCCCAGAGAGCCUGAGGAGACUACUAGGUAAAACGCAGCUCUUAGACACUAUUCCCGAUUCCCGUCUCCUGAAAAUCGGCGUUCCCUAAGGGCCUUGCAGAGAGAGGUCAAACUGGGCGUCGCCGUUUUCAGGGCAAAAGAAUUUGACGAUCUGCGAGGGAAUGUUUCGCCGAGUCACUUAGCGUACUGGAGGCUGGCGAAGUAUUUCAAAGCAGAUCAAGUAACGACAAUACCCCCACUAUACAGACCAGGUCACCCAACACCAGCUUUCGAAGAUGAAGAAAAGGCAGAGUGUCUGGCAGAAAGUCUGGCAGAACAAUGCUGCCCCAACACUAAAACUAUCGACCAAGACCACAUCACGUUCAUCGAAUCUUCCGCCGAAGAGAUACUAUCCUUCCCCCUACUUGACCCCCCACUACGCCCCGUAAUGCCAGACGAUCUCUUACACACAAGAAACCUGAGACCCCGGAAAGCCCCCGGACCAGACAACAUCCCAAACAAAAUCCUCAAAAUGCUACCCGAACCUCACAUCAACCUACUUACCGACAUAUUCAACUCAGCCCUUCACAAUAGUCACUUCCCAAAAUUUUGGAAAACAGCCACUGUCAUCGGAAUCCCCAAACCGGGGAAACCAAAAACGGAACCAACCUCAUACAG